CUUCCAGCCCCUCCCCGCACCUCUCCGGCCCGCAGAUGCCCUCGGUGCUCUGGAACGCCAUGAUCCACCCCCUGCUCAACAUGACGCUGCACGGCAUCGCGUGGUACCAGGAUGGAUCCUGUCAGGGUGCUGAGUUCCCCCCAAUUUCUGCCUCGCAGUUGUCCACCUACCGCCGGCAGAGCCUGGACGACCGCUUCGCCCGGCUCCGCUGGCACCAAACAGCCGAUCUGGGGGUGGUCCCCAACGCCAGGAUGCCCGGCACCUUCAUGGCCGUGGCCAUGGAUUUGGGGGAACAGCAUGACGAGCACUCGCCCUACGGCAGCAUCCACCCCCGGGACAAGCAGAGCGUGGCCCAUCGGCUGCAGCUGGGCGCCAGGGCGGUGGCGUACGGGGAGAAAGAGGUGGUUUUUCAGGGGCCGUACCCCAGCCGUGCCGUCCUGGAGGUGACCAAGGGGUGCCGCUGGCUGCCAGCGCCCGUGGUGACGGUGAGGUCCCGCACGGUGACGCUGGCCCUGGCCGGCUGCAGGACGCCGGUGCUGGGCUUGCGCUACGCCUGGGCCGAGUGGCCCUGCGACUACCAGGCCUGCGCCCUCUACAACGCCGGGGGGCUGCCCGCACCCCCGUUCCUCAUGGACACCGGGCUGGGCUUCUCCGAAACGGCGUCAGGGAGGGAGCUGCUGCUGCGCCCUGGCUCCUGGUUGUCCCGGGGGGAUUUAGGGGACGGGGUUCAGGAGAAGGGGAGCUCAGACCUCUUGUAA